AUGCCUUCUGCUACAUCAACAACAACAUCUACCUUUCCUUCCAGAUCAACUACUCCGAAAUUACGUCCCAAGAGCUCGUCGCACGCUCUCCGGAGAUCUCACAACAUCGUUUCGACCCCUAAUCUCAAGUCCGCAUACACUACACAUUCGCGCGGAGCGCCCCCUCUACCGCCUCUGCCGCGCAAAGCUUCCUUUGCCCAGCUCACGCAGAGCUCCCUGGCCAGCAUACCCGAUGUUUCAGAGAGUUACGCCGUUGACACUGUCCUGAGUGACUCAUCUGUAAACAUGAUGCCUCCUACGACGCCCGGCCGAUCGCAGGCCGCUGGUGUUUCGCUCGGCGAUAUCGUUGAUGUCCCCGGUGGAAUGUUUGGCGUUGUGCGAUUUGUUGGUCCUGUCCAAGGCAAGAAGGGUGUUUUCGCCGGCGUUGAACUUGUCGAGGAAUUCGCCAACCGGGGCAAAAACGACGGCGAUGUUGACGGUGUAUCAUACUUUCAAACAGACAUCCCCGGUGCUGGUAUCUUCUUGCCCGCGGCCAAGGCUCUCCCUCGCAGCAACGAACCGAUGCCAUCAUUCCCCAUCACCCCUAGUGCAAGCACAUACGGUGGUCUUCGAGCUGGCAACCAGAACUCGCUCAACUGCACUUCCCCGACUCCAACCCUUCCCAAGUUCAGUGCUUCCGUUGGACCUGGUGCCCGAGCCCCUAGUCCUCAAGGAAAGCGAACGAGGGCUUCUCUUCCCCGACCCGAGUCUCCUGUCCGUCGCAUGCAGAUGACACCUGGACCCCGACCUUCCAUGACAACACCAGGUAGAACUCCAUCCAGAUAUGGAACCCCGGGACCACCACAAAACCCCUUUGCUCAGAGUGUUCGUGGGACGUCUGGUGACCCAAGCAAGAGGCCAAAUCGACUGGACCGUAAGCCUAGUCUCGCACCCCGAAGCGCCUCAGCCAUGGGCCCAAUCGUGGGAAUGGAGGACGAUGUACCGCCCAUGGGAUUACAGCGGACUGGCACUAACGGCAGCGCUGGAUCUGUUUCAUCGUUCGCCAUGAAAGUCCGACCAGCGUCCCGUAUGAACAUGAACGACGAGGAAAUCGAACGCCUGAAAUUGCAGAUUGAGGAUCGGGAUCGACAACUUAGAGAGCAAUCUGCCACCCUGGCUGACAUGGAAAGCAGCUUGGUAGAACUACAAAGUCUCAUGGAAUCAGCAGAUAUGCCAGAUGCGCAUCGCAACAGUUGGGAUAAUAAGGAUACAGCGCAACUUCGCCAGCUGUUGAGGGAGAAGAACGACAAGAUCGCCAUGCUCACAGCAGAAUUCGACGCUCAUCGGGCGGACUUCCGGAGCACUAUUGACACCCUGGAGCUUGCUAGCACCGAGACAGAGCGAGUGUAUGAGAAGAGGAUAGAGGAGCUAAUGGCUGAUGUUCGAGAACUUGAGUCGCGGAACCUAGACGUCGACUCAGUAGCGACUCAGCUUAAGCAACUAGAGGAGCUGGUUCAGGAGCUCGAGGAAGGUCUGGAGGACGCUCGCCGGGGAGAGGCAGAAGCCCGUGGCGAAGUCGAGUUCCUACGCGGAGAGGUUGAACGAACAAGGACAGAGUUGCGCCGUGAGCGUGAGAAGGUUUCGACGCCACCUGCAAACGGUGACGGCGGGGUUUCCUCCAAGGAGCUUGAGCAGAAGGACGAUGAGAUUAGAGGUCUCAAGGCCAUCAUUCACUCCCUCAGUCGAGACUCUGUUCCCGGAGAGCCCAGGCCCCCUCAACAGAGACCUGGUUCCAUGAUUGCUGAAGACGUGGUAGCCAUUAAGAUUGCGCGCGACAAUCUGGAACGACAGGUCGCUGAGCUUCAGUCUAUCCUUGACAAGAAGAACAGCCGCGAGGACGAACUCGAGAAGGAGGUAGAGUCACUCCGUCAAAACGGCACCGCAGUCAACCGAUCGUCUUUCAGAGACUCCCGAGACACCGUUGUAAUGUCACAGGCAUUUGAAAACAGACCGGUCGAGAAUAUCAAGCGGUUCAGUGCACCUACACACAAGCGGGUCAGCACCCUCGAUACCAUGCCGGAAAGCGACGAUUUUUCCAAUGCUACUGAGACUAGCACUCUUUGGUGUGAGAUUUGCGAGACUAAUGGUCACGACAUCCUCACAUGCACCAACAUGUUUGGCCCUGAUGGCGCCAAGACCAACGGCGACAACAAGUCAGUCAAGGACAUCAACAAUGGGUUCAUACCAUAUACUCCUCCCCCAACAGGCGAGGACGCACCUGCGCCUCUCACGCCAUUGUCAACCAAGAAGGAUGAACCUCCUUCGCCAGUCGUCAAGAUCAUGCCCAACCCCAUGGAAUCAGGCCCUGUUGCCGGCAAGGAGAGCGGUGUCAUGGACCCCGAUAAGUGGUGUGCCCUUUGUGAACGCGAUGGCCACGACAGCGUCGACUGCCCUUUCGAGGACGCCUUUUAA